AUGGAAGAUAUACAUGAACAAGUACAAGCACAGGCACAAGAGCAUGAACAGGAAUAUCACCAGCAACAUAGCGAUGUUGGAUAUUAUGAUGAAAAUAAUAUAGAAUAUUAUCAAUAUGAUGAGAAUGGACAACCUCUACAGCAUGAUACACAACUGCAGCAACAACAGCAAGAUUAUUAUUACGAGCAAGAGGAUUAUGAAAAAUUACAACAACAACAAGAUGAAUAUUAUGAGAAUGAAUUGAAACAUCAACAACAACAACAACAAACAGUUCAACAAUCUACAGAAGUUUAUUAUGAUGAAGCUAUAGCAGUCGGUGAUUCUGGACAGUUGGAAAUAGGCGAAGUUGCAUCAAUAAAUUCAAGUGGUGAAGUCAACUUUCGACAAGAGACAGAAUCAAACAAUGCAAUCUCUGAGAGUAUCGAUCUCAGCAGCAUAGGUAGUCUGCCAGAGGAAAUCGUAGAGACAGACACACAUCGUAAUAAACUGGUAAAAGAAGUUAUCAGUUCCGAAAGAAAUUAUUUAAAUCAUUUGAAUACUGUUAUACAAAUAUAUUUGGAUCCAUUGAGAAAUAAUAGACCAGCUGUUUUGGAGACAGAAUAUAUUGUAUCGAUAUUCUCUUGUAUUGAGAAAAUCAAGGAUUUGAGUGAGGAGGUAUUGGCUGACUUGGUCGAGAUACUGGAGAGUGGAUCGGAGAAUGUAGGAAGACCGUUUUUAUCGAGGCGAACCAGAUAUCAAGAUUACAUUCAGUAUGGAAAGAAUCAUGGUGAUGCAAUCGAACUCAUCAGUAAACUAAAUGAAAAGAAACCAAGUUUUGUUUCUUUUCUUCAACAAGUUAGAGAUAUCAAUAGUAAGAAAUUAGAUCUACCAUCUUAUUUAAUUAUGCCAGUACAAAGAAUGCCAAGAAUAAAAUUAUUGUUACAAGAUAUAUUGGAGCAAACAGAGCAAGAGCAUGUAGACUACAACGACAUAAAAGAUGCACUCGAGAUGAUUUCCUCGACGACAAAGAUUCUCAAUGAGGAGAUUAGAAAGCAUGAAAAUAAGUUAAAAGUACAAAAGAUUCAAAAUGAAUUGGUUGGAGGUCCAAGAAUUAUAACAGAUUCACGUGUAUUUGUUAGAGAAGGUUCAAUGAUGAAAGUUUGUAGAAAAGUACCGAAAUCGAGAUGGUUCUUUAUGUUUUCGGAUAUUUUGAUUUAUACUAGUGUCAGUACGACACCGAACAGCAGUGGAUCUACAGUGGUAGGUCCCUAUGUGAAUAAUAGAGAUGCACCGACCUCCUAUACCUUCCAUCGUAUGAUGAAUCUGAACGAUAUCAAAAUCAAGGAUCUCAAAGACAAAGAGAAUCAAAAGAAUGCAUUCCAAAUCAUUAGUUCCACUGAAAAGUCAUUCACUGUUUACACCGAAACACCAAAAGAAAAGAACAAUUGGUUAGAGGAUUUCAAAUUAUUAUCAAUUAAAUUUGUUAGUGAAAAUCAAUCACAGAAUAUACAUGAUUUAGAGUCAACUGAGGUACCAGUUUGGGUGCCCGACAAAGAAGCAAACAAGUGCAUGUUUUGUAAUGAUCAUUUCACUGUUAUAAAUAGAAGACAUCAUUGUAGAAAUUGUGGAAAAGUUGUAUGUGGAUCGUGUAGUCCAGGUAAAAAGUUAUUGCCUCAUGUGAAAAAACAUAAACCUGUAAGAGUUUGUUUGUUUUGUUUUGAUUUUAUUUCGAUGAAUGAAAAGAAGGAUGAAAGUUCACCUGCUCCCGGCGGAAUUAAACCUGCUUCUUCCUCUCCACAACUGUCACGUUCCAAUACAUUCCAGAAACUGUUGGAUAUCAAUGGCAAGAAGAAGACGAGUGAGUCGCGGAUGAGUGGUGGUGAUGCUGACGGUGGAGCUGGAGCGAGUCAUCAUUCCGGUCGUAGCCAUUCCAUCGGUGGAACACUGCGUCGCUUGAAGCACUUGGCAAUCAAGCCAUCCGAUCAAGUCAAGACCAUGAAAGAACAAAAUACCAAGGAAAAGAUACUCGCCGAAGAGGAGAAGAAUUUGAAUCGUGCACAGUCUGAACCCUACUUGAUUACCAAGUCAAAGGUUGCACUGCCGAUUGUUGGUGGUCCUCCUCCCAGAUUGAUGAGUGCCUCUGAGAAUGGUUCGAGACGAUCCAACACCAUCUCCAUGAAAAACAACACGAUUCCACUGACACCAACACCACCAGCACCGACCACAUCGCCACAAUCUGCGCCAUCUGCAUCGUCACUCAUUCAGAAUCGCAGAUCCAAGAAUGAAGGUGGUGUCGUUCUCACACCAACACCACCCGCACCAACGACACUACCACCAUACCAACACCAAUCUGCAACCAAUAUUUCACAGCUCCAAUCCGCGGAGCAACAACCACAGAGCAACGGUGAAAUUGCACCACCCGUUCCACCACGUACCUCUCGUACCUAUUCACAACCACCACCACCAACACAACCACAACUCAAAGCCAUAAUAGAGCAACAAAAGAACCCUCUUUCCAACUCAACAGGUUCAUCUGGCAUGGCAGGACCAAACAAACCCUUCAUGAAACCUCCUCCCUUAAGAAAAAACACACCACCCAAACCAAUUACACCUGAUCUCAACAAUGGAGCUCCACUCAAUCCAACAACACAAACACCACCACUACCAACUCAACCACAGAGAAAGAGUGCAGAGAAUACUACACCAACUGCAACAGCACCCAUUAGAAAACCACCCAUCUCUGCUGCCAAACCACAAGUUUCAACACCCAACCAAGCCAGUCAUAGUGGUAGCGAGAUAAUAAGACCAUCUAAUCCACUUGUCAAUCCAAAGAGAACAAGUGGUAGCGAGAUCAUUGGUGGCAGCAGCAGCGGUAGACCAUUACCAACACCAGCACCAGCAGCACCAGUUACCACAGAGGCAGUACCGCCACCUUCAUCGGAAUCUAGAAAAUCGAAUAGCGAAAUUCUCAGACCAACUCCACCUUUUGUUGCAAAAAGAACUCUAUCAACAGCCAAUGGUGUCGAUAAUGUUCAACCAUCUAAUGAAUUAAACGAGCAACAACAACAACAGCCACCUGUAUCAUUACCACCAAGAAGAAACACAUUAACCAAACCAAUAGCACCAAUUGCUUCAGCACCAACAUCAUCUGACUCUAACGAAACAACUACAUCAACAACAACAGCAACAACAGCAUCCAAUGUAAUGCCUCCAAGAAAACUAUCAAACGGACCAUUACCAAUAAGAAAACCAGGAGCUCCAUUGCCGACACCACCAACAACAGCAACGCCUACACCUGUAAAUCCAACACCUACUACCACAGCAGCACCAACAACAACAACAACAGCUACUUCUGCAACAAAAGUAUUCCCAUCAAGAGGAAGACCAUUACCAACUCCACCAGUUUGA